CCCAUCCGCUCCAUCGCUGAGUGCCGCCUCCCCGCUACCCCCCCGUCCUCCCAACCCGAGCCCAAACACACGAGCCGCUGCCGUCUGUGCUCGUCUUGAGAAGCAACUCCUGUCGGAUCUACCCCUCAACUCCGCCAAUUGGACACUCUGCGCUGGGCCUCCGUCUCCAUCUCGCCGUGUCUGUUUCAUUCUCGCAACCACCCCCAUUCCCUCUCCUCGUCAUCGGCCUGUUUUCUCGUUGUUGUUCAUCAUCAUCCCCGCUCCUCCUUGCAUCCCCUGCUCCGCGUGUGUGUCCGCGUGUGCGUGCGCAUGGUCCCAAACGCCGUCUGCAGCGCCAUCCGUCGCCGUGCUGCUGACCAACGUGUAGGGGGCUGCCUGCGGAAAGCUCCCUUUUCUCUCUUCUCUCUCCACAACAUCACUAAACAUGGGCAAAGUCGGUAGAAAAAUCCUCGCGUCGUUGUCGCUGCCUCUGGUAAUUGCAGCGGUCUGCUGCGUGCAUAGGUAAAACGCAUUUGCUUUUUUUCAGCUCAUUUUGCUCGUAAGUCGCCGUCGUGUGUGUUAAUGCGACGAGGAAGAUAUUCGAUGCUCACGCCGCUACACAAUUCGACAUCGAUGUAACGGCGGCUCGGCACGCACGCGCGAAAUGAACAUCGGGAUGAUGUUAAAAAGAUGGCUGUUUGUGACCCCCGGUGGCAGUCGGGAUGAGCAUCGACAUCGCGAGCAUCGACAUGGUGUCCGAAGUCAACAUGGACUACACGCUCACUAUGUACUUCCAGCAGUGCUGGACGGACAAGCGGCUCUCCUACACGGUCAUCCCUCUGAAUCUGACUCUGGACAACCGCGUGGCCGACCAGCUGUGGGUGCCCGACACCUACUUCCUGAACGACAAGAAGUCGUUUGUGCACGGCGUGACGGUGAAGAACCGCAUGAUUCGCCUUCACCCGGAUGGAACGGUGCUCUACGGCCUGAGGAUCACGACCACGGCCGCUUGCAUGAUGGACCUGCGGCGGUACCCAUUGGACGAGCAAAACUGCACCCUGGAAAUCGAGAGCUAUGGCUACACCAUGGACGACAUCGGCUUCUACUGGCGUGGAGGAGACGCGGCGGUGACGGGAGUGAGCGAGAUUGAGCUGCCACAGUUCUCCAUCAUGGAGUUCCGUCUCGUCUCCACCCUCGUGGUGUUUGCCACAGGUUCCUAUCCCCGGCUUUCUCUCAGCUUCCGGCUAAAAAGGAACAUUGGGUAUUUCAUCCUGCAAACUUAUAUGCCGUCAACACUCAUCACAAUCCUCUCCUGGGUCUCCUUUUGGAUCAAUUACGAUGCCUCUGCUGCUAGAGUGGCCUUGGGCAUCACCACGGUGCUUACCAUGACCACGAUCUCGACUCACCUGCGCGAGACGCUGCCCAAGAUCCCCUACGUCAAGGCCAUCGACAUCUACCUCAUGGGCUGCUUCUGCUUCGUCUUCCUGGCGCUGCUUGAGUACGCGCUCGUCAACUACAUCUUCUUCGGCAGGGGGCCCCAGCUCCAGAAGAAGGCGGAGAGGGCGGCCGCCAAGGAACACAACGAGCGCAUUCGGGCCGAGGCCACGGCGGAGAGUCGUAGUCCUGCGCGUGGACGUACGCAAAACAAGACGGUGACGUACUUCAAAAGUUACGAGUUGGCGUACGACGGACUUGUAUGCAACCCACCCCAGGUGGACGCCCAGGGCAACAUCCUCCUCAACACACUGGAGAUGAAGAACGAGAUGAACGCCGUGGAGGCGGCCGGCGCCCUGCCGGACCAGCCCCGGGGCGCGGGGGGCGGAGGGGUGCCGUUCGACGGCUCGACGUCGUCCGCCGCCGCCGGCUACCGCAAGCCGAUGGGCGGCGGGCAGGAAGCGCAGGGCCGUCACGCCGCCUCAUACCAGGCGGCCAAGCGCAAGAGGCUACAGCGCCGCUCGUCCCAGCUGCGCAUCAAAAUCCCCGACCUGACCGACGUCAACUCCAUCGACCGGUGGUCCCGCAUGAUCUUCCCCAUCGCGUUUAUUUUCUUCAACGUGGUCUACUGGACGUAUUACAUCAACUGAGUUCAACGGUGGCACGGCUUCGCUCGCUGCAGGGUUAUCCCCCCUGUGCGCACGGAUGUAUGUACGGUAUGCGUGUGGUUGUUCGGCGUAUGCAUCCCACGUCUGUGUAUCCCAAUACAGUCGCGUGUUUGCAUACGUUGUAUUUGAACGUACAUGUAUUGUACGUGAAUAGCAUUAUCAAGUGUAGGCAAUCGUGUGCCAAUAUCGUAGACCAACUUCAAAAUUUAGAUAUCGUAUACGACGUAGUCACAGACGUGAUUAACCACACAGAUCUACUUACUCCGGUCUCGUGCAAAAGCGUUAAUGCAUCUCACCGAGCUCCCCUACGUGGUUAGAUAAAUGACAUGGUAUAUAUAUAACAAACACAAAUACCAAUCGACAAUAAUUUGUGUCCAACCUCAUUGAUACAUCUAGUUUUUUUCUUUUCUUCAAACACGUUAGCAAGAUGUUAACAACUGCUCAUCUAUCAAGUCUAGUGCUCUUUCCAUAACGCCAAAGAUGGUGAGCGAUGUUAUGGUGCCAUUUCCCGGGUGUCUUGGUAUUAUUCAUCACCAUAUGUUUUAAAAAAUACAGCUGCAUAAAAAAGAAGGCAAAAAAGCUUUGCAUGAGAAAGGAUGCAGUUAAUGUGCCAUAUACACUUUUAUAAACCCUUGUUAUUAAAUAGUUCUACUUGAUUUGUGAUGUUCUAAGCAUGCCUUUAUUUACAGUUGAGCAUAAAGAAUUGAAAGAAAAAACUGCUUGUUUUUUUUACACAACUGGGAAGAUGAUAAAACAUCAAAUAACUAUCACCAAAGCUAUUUGAUAUUAUUGUUAUCAGGGCACUCUUCCAAGAGUUGCUAAUGCAUCUCACGUCGAAUUCAAUUGUAUUUUAUUAUGCGACUAAACUAACUGCAUCAUCUGAUUUUAUUACCCCCGCCCAACAAUUAUAUCCCAAUUGUGCUCAUGGCAUUUUGGGCAAAGCAUGCCAUCCGUUGUGGAACCUCUUAAAAUAGCAGAGCACCACGGCAACAUCACGAAUUAACCUGUAAGUGCCAUUGCAGCAGGCCUUUACCUGAAAUCCUUUCCCUAAAUCUGCUUUGUGCAACAACCAUAUUUGACUCGACAACUAUAUUUGACUCGUUCUGUGUGCCUACCAGUCAAAUAAUUCCGCAGAGCUGCGCUUUACCUUUAUUUUUUUCUUUGAAAAAUGUAGUUGCGGUCUUUACCUUGCCGAGGCUGCCAUACGCACUUCAUCGGAUAAUCUGGCCAAAAGUAGGAACAAAUAAUGUGGUGCCCGAAAUAUUAAAGCUGUUGGCUCAUUUCCUCCCCCGUAGCCCAACGGCCUUCCUCGUGAGUCACCCAACCAGCAUAACGAACAUUGUCGUUACCGUGUUGGCAUUGCAUGUGCAAAUCUGUUGUGUCUGGAUGGUGAGACUGUGGAGCCCUCCCUCGUGAGGUAGACAUGUCACGGAGAGACAUGUUGGUGCAAUGAGUUACUGCACUCGAUCAAAGUGCUGCUUGUUAAUCAAGUCCAGCAGAGUUAUUCUCACAUCUCGCUGGACUUAAAAUAUUAGCCUGUAGAUGGGCAGUGCCAAUGUAUUUAAAAUCUAUUGUCAUUAUUUAUUAAUCAGUUUAUGCUAAAUCGGUUACGUGUGUCGGUUUCAGCAUUAACAACUUUUUAUUCGCAUGUGAUUAUUAUGUUUGUGGUAACCAUCCCUUUCUGUAGGUUUAUUUGCAAGGGUAUCUGUUGUAAAAUGUAUGCAUGUGACAAGCUUAUUAUAUGAAUAUUUAAUUGGCAGUUGCUACUUGCGUGAAUAUAUUCUCAUCUGUGUUACGUAGAUCAUUUACUCGAGUAUAACUAGUUUUUUGGACGUGAGAAUGUAAAGCAUUCAGCAAUGAGCGCAUACUGUAAGCGAGUUUUUUUCUUUUCCCAACGUGAACGACGAAUGUGAAUUCACUCUAAAUCAAAACAUAAGUAUAAUUGUGUGUUUUUUUACAUGAAAGACACAGCCGAGUUGAAAUAUGUUUACGAGACGACUAAAUGAGCCCGCGGAAAAAAAAAGCCUUUGAACAAUUCCCCUGGACGUUUCACAAAUCAACUGCUUGAAAGUUGCCCCUCCACCGCUCCCCCCCCAUCUCAAUUCACAAACAAAAGUGGUGGAAAGACUUUAUACAUUGCCAGCUGGUAAACCUGGGAAUGUCCUUGUCAAGGAGAGAAUUAUUACAAUGAAUCACAAUUCAGACGUGCGGUCCUGCAUUUAAACAGUGACACUUUGCGUAGCUAUUGCGGGGAUGCGGAAGACUUGCUUCUCAGAUUGUUCAAGUGUCGCACAACAACCAUGCAAAUACAAUUGGCAUAAGUACUGUAAUAGAGCGAUAAAAUCGUACACCCGACAAAAUCACCGACCAGAAAUUUGCCCAUGUAUGGUAUAGGGACUCCUCUACUUUUGAACAUUCGACUUACGAACUUUCAGGGAUACGAACAAACCUGUCCGUAUGGCCAGUUGCCUGUUCGGACCGAUAGUCAUAAGUUCAACCGCCGCGCAAUAGAUGGCAGUGGUGACAUCUGCAGAACGUGAAGAACGAGUGGCAUCUACAUGAGAUUAUACAACAUUUAAAGCAAUUCCCCGUGUUUGGUGUACAUGCCGUACAACAUGUUUGUAAUCGACAGGAGUGAAGUUGGAAUUACGAACAAAUCGACUUCCGAACAGACCUCUGGAACCUAACUCGUCCGUAAGGAGAGGAGUCCCUGAUCGUUAACCCAGAUUAAUUGUAUCGAUUUUACUCAGUCGAUCCAUAAGAAAGAAACAUCAAACAUACCGGGGUUGAUCAUAAUUGCGGGUGUAUGUGUCGAUUCAUUGCCAAUCGAUCUAUGGAUCGAGUAAUGAGGUGACACCCCUUUCAUUGGAUUGGCUAACAUCAGCGAGAUUGGUGAUUCCAUUGCAGUCCGCUUUCAUAGUUACCACAGCGCUGUGCUGUGUGCACGGCGCAUCUUAAUUUGCAGCGCGUUGUCCUCGGCGCAACACGGUGAUGGGAUCUCAUGGGUAGGACACACUCGUGAAUCCAGGCAUCAAAUGUAGCCCGCGUGAGAAAGCCAUCCACAGGGCAGUACAUCAAGUAGGCGUGUGCAGGCGUGAGUUGUAUUCUUUCGUACAUCUUGGGGGGAAUUUUUUGUGUCCACUCUCGUUAUCUCCCACAUGACACAAGUCGAAAAAUAACUAUUCCACAAGCAGGAUCUGUGUACAGUGACCCUCUUAAACAAAUAAACGUAUUCUAGAGUUACUUAACAUAGGCAUUGAGGGUGUCGGUGAGGGUUGCCACCUGUGGAAUGUUUGACCUGAAACCAUCCGGAAAUUUGCACCUGCAUAGCUAUCAACCCAUAUGGUUCACCCCGCAUUCUUGUAUAGGGAAAUGGAGUUUUCAGGUCCAUACGGCAUACAGCUGUUUCAAUACGGGAAAAAACAUUAAAUUGUUCUCUAUUUGUGUUGCUCCCUUGUGAUGGGACUUUGUAGGAUGAACGUUGAGAUUUAUAACAGCACGGGGUGAACAAUCAGGUCUGAAUUGGUCUGUAAUAAAGUAGGCACUGAUAAUGGGUUGACAGGUAUGCAUCUGUGUUUGGGUGGCAGACGUUGGUUUGUACCGAGAUCUGGUACCCGGUAUUGUCGUGUUGAACUUUAUUACACCUUACAGUGUUGAUAGUCGACCUAGGUUGACCGGGUUUGGUGUGUGCAAAAGGUGGCAACCCUCGUGUUGGUAUAAGGCUAGAAUAUAUUGACUUUAAAUAGCGUCGGUUGGAUACACAAACCAGACUUAAAUUUUCAAAUAAACCAAUCUAAAAAAACUAAGCAUUAAAUAUGUGUUGGAAAUCGUACAGAAAUUAUUGGCUUAAGUUCAGAUAAGGUGAAACGCUUGUCCCUUGCAUUCGUGAGAGGUGUGUGGGUAAUCAGCAGGAAUUAAGGUGUGGAGGGUGUAGCGAUGGCAGACGAAAAGUAGUGGAUGCCCAGAGAGGAGGAGUUGGUAGAAUAAUUGGAGAGAGAGGCAGUGGUUGAUUGGGCAGAGAGCGUUGGGGGUGGGUAACACGGUGAGAUGAUUGAUAUCAGCAAGUGAGACGGGAACCAUGCCAUUAAGAAUGUGGACGAUACAAAAAGGCAAUUUGUCGUUGAUUUACAGAAAAGGGCCUAGCAUGAUGUGAUCACUCGUGUGUGUUUGAGUAAGAAGCUAAAGUGGAAGCAUUCUCAUCUCGAGCCAGGGGAGAAAAACACCCAAAAUAGUGACUCCGGUGUCAUUGUUUACAAAAAUUUGGUCAUAUACAUGGUGAAAGUUGCAUAAAGUUGGUGACCUUGAACGAUCAUAGCAAGCCGUCAUUGUCAGAUAGUCAUAAAAAAAUAUAUAUUCAGAUAAAAUGUGAAAUGGCAUGUCAAUAUGGGAAAAAAACCCACAAUGCCAUGAAGUAGUGUAUGCGGUGUAUGCACAGUUCUAUAGCCACAACGUAUUGCAUUUCAAUUAAAAUGUUUUUUUUGUAUAGGUGUGCUGUCAUAAUAUACUACAUUCCACAAUUCAUUUUGAAUAACGUAUAUUUUAUGAUCAGAUGCCACUUAAAUCGGAAACAUGAGACACCGUUGCUUACACAGGCGACCCACGCACCUACGACACACCCCUACCCCACUCGACAUACACACAGCCCCCUACCCCACUCUUCACACCCCUACCCCACUCUACACACCCCUACCCCACUCUACACACCCCUACCCCACU